GUCUCUCAGGCAGCUGCAGAACUCCAGCAGUACUGUAUGCAAAAUGCCUGCAAGGAUGGCUUGCUCGUUGGGGUUCCUGCAGGGAGCAAUCCCUUCCGAGAACCUCGAUCCUGUGCUCUCCUGUGA